UGGGCGACUCUUGAACUUGUGUUGACUCUCUCCGUUGGCAGAAUGUGUGGCUGUGUUUGACAGAGCUCCCUGAGCAGCUGGCUCCUCUGUCUCUCUCUGUCUCUCUCUGCAGCCAUCAGGACAUCAGACCGACAUGAAGCUCCCGGACGAGCGGGUCUGGUCGCUGUUUAAGCGCCACUGGCAGCACACCCUGACCUACUGGAGCGUGUUCUUCAGUUUCGGCCUGUGCAUCGCCUUCCUCGGGCCCACCAUCCUGGACCUGAGGUGUCAGACCCAGUCCACGCUGCAGCAGAUCACCUGGGUCUUCUUCUCCCAGCAGUUCUUCCUGCUGGUGGGCAGCAGUCUCGGAGGACUCUUCAAGAAGUCACUCCUGUCCUCCCUGUCAGCACUCCUCUUCUGCACUUUCGUCAUCUCGCUUGUGUUUGCCGCCAUACCGCUGUGUGACCAUGUGGUGCUGUUGUCUGUUGCCAUGGCGAUUGCUGGUAGCUCAAUGGGAGUGAUUGACACCAUCGCAAACAGGCAGCUUGUGAAGCUGUACCAGAAGGACUCGGCCACCUUCCUGCAGGCUUUGCAUUUCUUCAUAGGCCUCGGAGCACUGGUCAGUCCCCUCGUGGCUGAUCCUUUCCUAUCAGACGACAACUGUGUCCUGGGGACCAACCUGACUGCCAACUCUUCCUCCUCUUCCUGGGACCUCCAGCACCUCCGCAGCAGCAUGGCCGGGCAGGGUGCAGUGCCUCGUCACAUCUCCCAGUACCCUCUCCACACAGAGGGUGUGGUCAUCACCAGGGUGUCUUACGCUUUCUGGAUCAUGGCUCUUAUCAAUCUCCCUGUGCCUGCAGCUGUACUAGCGCUGAUGUUCCAUGAGAGACUGCUGCCUUGCUCCAGCAGCAGUCAACCUCUGCUCGACAAAAACUCUCCCUCCAGUAAAAGUCACAUCAUGGACAGUGAGGAAGGUCAUGGGAGUUUGUUUGGCUGCUGUCAUCCUGCCAAAGUCCGAGGUCAUCCAGCUUCCUUCUUCCUCCUCCACGCUCUGGGCGGGGCCAUCCUCUUCAUCACUGAUGGGAUCAUAGGCUCCUACGCUGGCUUUGUCUACACUUACGCAGUGUCCCCUCCUCUGCUGAUGGGUCACAAGACUGCAGGAUGUCUGGACAGUGUAUUCUGGGCUUCUAUAACAGUAGGAAGACUGGCUUUCAUCUACCUCUCCUGCAAAUUCACAGCACCCAAGCUGCUCACCUUCAGUCUGGUGGGUGUCAUACUGGUGCAGUGCCUGUUGUUGAUCUUCUACAGCAGCUGUGAGUUCCUCUUCAUCGGUACAUGUGUGUUGGGACUGUGCAUCAGCAGUGUGUUCCCCUCCAUGCUGGCCUUCACGGAGGACAUACUGGAUUAUAAAGGUUGUGCCACAACAGUCCUGGUGACAUGUGCCAGCACAGGAGAGAUGAUGCUGCAGCUGCUCGUCGGAUCUGUGAUCCACAGUCAGGGAAGUUUCUUCUUCCUGUUGUGUUGUACGAUAGCAUCGUUCAUCGGCUUCUGCCUCUUCCUGCUCUUCCUCUAUACUCAGCACGUCCACACAAGUUUAUAUACAGAUUUGUCUGAAAACACAGAAAUGAAAGAGAAGCCAAAGAUUGAAGGCUCCUGACCUGAGGAUCUAUAGGAGACUGAGGAGAAGACCAGAGGACAUAAAAAGAAGAGACUUCUGAGGACGAUGAAGGGACCAUGGGGACAAGAAUCUCUGAAAUCCUGGUUUCCUGGAGCUGAACACUUCUUACCCUGAUGGAAGCCCGAUGAUCAAGCAGCUAACUUGAUGACAGUUACUUGAAGUUUUUUAGUUUUUGGCACAAUAAGUCUUUCGCAGUUUACCUCUGCUAUAGCACUUUAAUUAUGAACUGUUGAUUCUUCUGUGUGAAUAUGAAUGAACUGUAAAUAUGACUCACCGGUUUGUGUGAGAGGAACUGUUGAGAUUCAAUGAAGCUGUUGAACAUGAAUAUCAGAUUAUAUAAACGCAGAACACAA